GACCUCUGGUAUUUCUUGGACCGUGAUCUCUCCUUCAUCUUCAAGGCCAGCAGGGUAGCAUCUCUCCUGUCUGACUCCUGCUCCGUCCUUUCAUCUCCUCUCUUAAUUCUGCAUCUGUUUUUAUAUCUUUUCUCUAAUUCUACUGCCUCCCUCUUGGAAGGGCCCCUCUGAUUACACUGGGCUCAUUCAGAUAAAUUAGGAUAAUCUCUCCCAUCUCAAGAUCUUUACUAAAUCCCUUGUGAAAAGUCUCUUUUGCCACAUAGUCACAGUCAUGGGUUCUAGGGAUUGGGACAUGGAUGUCUUUGGGGGUGGAGGGCAUCCUUCAGCCUGCCACAGAUGGCAAAGUCAUGUCCUUGUGGCUGCAGCUCCAGUGUCCAGGCCGAGCGUGGGGGCGCAUGGCGUGGUCCUCAUGCCCACUAUCUACCCUGACCCUGUGGAAGUGGGCAGGAAGUAGCAAUACUCACUACGUGCAGAGGUCCCGUCAGGUGCCCGGCCUCCUCAUUCCCUAGAAGGCAGGCACCACCACAUGCUCCCACACUACAGAUAAGGAAACAGCUCUGAAACAGAUUUGAAAGUGUUUGAAGGUUUGCCAGGGAAGAGGGAUCCAGAGCCAGGGACAGGGUCUGGGACACCCCGAGACUCUGUUUCUCAGAACUCCAGGGGCUGCUUAUCUUUCUCUUCACAGGAGAAGGGGACCCCGCUGCUGCGGCGGUGGGGCGGGGCGUGGGCGGCGCUGGCCGCAGAAAGGCUCUCCCCGCCCCCUUUGUGCUUUCCCCGCAGGCUGCUCCUCCGUCGAGCUGAUCACACCCACAGUUGAGCUGCGCUGGCCAGAGAUGCCUGCCCACAGCCUGGCGAUGAGCAGCCCGGCCCUCCCAGCCUUCCUGCUCUGCAGCACGCUGCUGGUCAUCAAGAUGUACGUGGUGGCCAUCAUCACUGGCCAAGUGAGGCUGCGGAAGAAGGCCUUUGCCAAUCCCGAGGAUGCCCUGAGACACGGAGGCCCCCAGUAUUGCCGGAGCGACCCCGAUGUGGAGCGCUGCCUCAGGGCCCACCGGAACGACAUGGAGACCAUUUACCCCUUCCUUUUUCUGGGCUUCGUCUACUCCUUUCUGGGUCCUAACCCUUUUGUCGCCUGGAUGCACUUCCUGGUCUUCCUCCUGGGCCGUGUGGUGCACACCGUGGCCUACCUGGGGAAGCUGCGGGCACCCAUCCGCUCCGUGACCUACACCCUGGCCCAGCUCCCCUGCGCCUCCAUGGCUCUGCAGAUCCUCUGGGAAGCGGCCCGCCACCUGUGACCAGCAGCUGACACCUCCUUGGCCACCAGACCAUGGGCCAAGAGCCGCCGCGGCUAUACCUGGGGACUUGGUGUUCCUUCCAGAUUGUAGUGGGCCCUGAGUCCUGAUUUCCAGGUGGCCUGCUGCGCAUAUGGGUCUCUGGGCCCAGUGGGCCUGUGUAUGUGCGCGUGUGUAUAUGUGUAUGUGUGUGUGUAUGUUUCUUAGCCCCUUGGAUUCCCACAUGAAGUGACUGACGGGAACCAUUUCAAGACAGAGUGUUAAGAUUGACAGAAAAUCCUUCAGCUAAAGAAACAGAACAUCAAAAACACCACUCCCUCUCCCUCCCUAACAGUGAAAAGAGAGAACGGAGACUCUAAGAUUCCCAAACCUAAUGAUCAUCUGAAUCCCAGGCUAAGAAUGCAGACUUUUCAGACUCACCCCAGAGAUUCUGGCCCAGACAAUCUAGAGGCAAGACUGGCCUGGUAUUUUUUUUUUUUUUUUUCCAAGACAGAGUCUUGCUCUGCUGCCCAGGCUGGAGUGAAGUGAUAUGAUCUGGCUUACUGCAGCCUCCACCUCCCAGGUUCAAGCGAUUCUCCUGCCUCAGCCUCCUGAGUAGCUGGGAUUACAGGCGUGUGUCACCAUACCCGGCUAAUUUUUGUAUCUUUAGUAGAGACAGGGUUUCACCAUGUUGCCCAGGAGGGUCUCAAACUCCUGGCCUCAAGUGAUCCACCCACCUCGGCCUCCCAAAGUGCUGGGAUUACAGGCAUGAGUCACUGCGCUCAGCCACCAUCUGGAGUUUUAAAAGGCUCCCAUGUGAGUCCCUGUGAUGGCCAGGCCAGGGAACCCCUGCCAGUUCUCUGUGGAAGCGAGGCUGGAGUCUUGGGUUCCUGUAUGGUGGAAGCUGGGUGAGCCGAGGACAGGACUGGCUCCUCUGCCCUGGCAGAUGCUUCCCUUGCCCUUGGCUUUGGAUGUCUUUGCUGGAGUCUUCUCUCUGGCUCAGGUGUGGGUGGGAGGGGCCCACAGGAAGCUCAGCCUUCUCCUCCCAAAGUUGGAGUGCCUCCAAAGGGCUGUGGGUGGAGGAGCAGGAACUUUAGGUGACCAGUCACUCAAAGGAACUUUCUGAUCCCUUCAGUUAUCUUCAAGGUUUGGAAACUGCAAAUGUCUCCUCGAUGUGGAAUCCUUAUGGAUGCGUGUGUGUGGUUUCUCCUAGACCUGUGACCUGAGAUAUGUGAUUUUUAGUCAUUAAAUGGAAGUGUCUG